AUGGAUGGACCCUGUGCUUGGAUUGCCCCAGUCCCACUCUGGUUUGCUCCCCAUACAUUCUGGGGAAGGAUUAUUGAUCUUGCGGAUAGUUUUUUGGUGCCUCUACUCCUUGGAUUUGCAUUAUCUUGUGCUUUGUUCUCCAUUACGUUGCAGCGCCCCAUCAGCAUUCCUGAAGCUCUCAAUGCAAGUCAGUCUUUUGUGCAGCAACUUGCCCAUCAAGGGCAGACUAUGUUGACCAAGGGAUGGACCAUGUUCUGUGAUCUUCACGUUGGUGCCUUGCCUGAUCCGGAGGGCUUCCAUGGUCCCUUCAUGGAAACCAACAUGGAUACCUUCAAAUGCAGCAUCAAUAUCAACCACCCUGUUCCCAAACCUGGUUUGGACUUCACCAUUCUUCACACUUGGCUACUUGUGGGAUGUUUCAUUACUCUGCUGUGCUUCUAUUGGCUCUACUCUCCCGAUCAGCCCAGCAUUGAUCCAAUUGAUGCACCUCCCCCUGAACCUCAGUCCCGCUGGAUGCGCCGUCGCUAUGCCCAAGCCUACCGCCGUUGGAAGCGUCGUGAGAAUCGAUCCAAGGGAGCAAGUAUCCGUAAUUAUGGUUGCAAUCAGAAAUACCCCUCCAUCUUCGAUCAUCUGGAACUUACUACAAGGAAGCACCCCCCUCUCCACUCAACGCAUUCUCGGUGGUUUGCGCCGUUGGUUUCACAAGUCUCAGCAUCGUCCCUCUGGUCAUCGUCUUCGUCAAGCGUUUGUUCCUGCCCCUGUGCGUCCCAGGAAGGGAGAGAGUUGGCAUCAGAAGAAACCAGGAGAUCACCUGCGACAGCCCAAGCACAGACCCACGCAACCCAUCAGAAUGCCGCCCCAUGUUGA